GGGCGGGGCUCCGGCCGGCUGUGCAGCUGCCGCCCGCGGUCUGAGGGACCUGAGGCGCGGGGCCGGGAUCCGAGAGGAGCCCAGACGGCGCCGGGCGCGAGGGCGGGCGUGCCCGGAGUGGUUGCGCAGGCGUCUGCCGCCGCCCCUCAAUCUCCGCACUUGCGGGUCCCCUCCCUCUCCGCCGGGACGCGGGAGAGCCCGGCGCGCGGCGGGGGCGCGAGGUGGAGCCGGCGGGGGCGGCCAAUGCGAAACUGGCUGGUGCUGCUGUGCCCGUGUGUGCUCGGGGCCGCGCUGCACCUCUGGCUGCGGCUGCGCUCCCCGCCGCCCGCUCGCGCCUCCGGGGCCAGCCCCGCAGAUCAAUUGGCCUUAUUUCCACAGUGGAAGUCUCGUCACUAUGAUGUGGUAGUUGGUGUGUUGUCAGCUCGCAAUAACCAUGAACUUCGAAAUGUGAUAAGAAGCACCUGGCUGAAGCAUUUGAUGCAACAUCCUGCAUUAAGCCAACGUGUGCUUGUGAAGUUCAUAAUAGGUGCUCGUGGCUGUGAAGUGCCUGUGGAAGACAGGGAGGAUCCUUAUUCCUGCAAACUACUCAACAUCACGAAUCCAGUUUUAAAUCAGGAAAUUGAGGCAUUCAGUCUUUCUGAAGACACUUCAUCAGGGCUGUCUGAGGACCGAGUUGUCAGUGUGAGUUUCCGAGUUCUCUACCCGAUCAUUAUUACCAGUCUUGGAGUUUUCUAUGAUGGCGAUGAUGUGGGUUUCCAAAGGAACAUCACUGUCAAGCUUUAUCAGGCAGAACAGGAGGAGGCCCUCUUCAUUGCUCGCUUUAGUCCUCCGAGCUGUGGUGUACAAGUGAACAAGCUGUGGUACAAGCCUGUGGAACAGUUCAUCUUACCAGAGAGCUUUGAAGGUACAAUCGUGUGGGAGAGCCAGGACCUCCACGGCCUUGUGUCAAGAAAUCUUCACAAAGUGGCAGUGAAUGAUGGAGGGGGAGUUUUCAGAGUCAUUACGACUGAAAAGGGUACAUUGCCUCAUGAAUUCAUGGAAGGUGUGGAGGGAGUCGCAGGUGGCUUUAUAUAUACUAUUCAGGAAGGUGAUGCUCUUUUACACAACCUUCAUUCUCGCCCCGGAAGACUUAUUGAUCAUAAAAGUAAUCUCCACGAGGAAGAUGCCUUACUGAAGGAGGAGAGCAGCACCUAUGAUGAUAUUGUUUUUGUGGAUGUUGUCGACACUUAUCGAAAUGUUCCUGCAAAAUUAUUGAACUUCUAUAGAUGGACUGUGGAAACAACCAGCUUCGAUUUGUUGCUAAAGACAGACGACGACUGUUAUAUAGACUUAGAAGCUGUAUUUAAUAGAAUUGCCCAAAAGAAUCUGGAUGGGCCUAAUUUUUGGUGGGGAAAUUUCAGAUUGAACUGGGCAGUUGACCGAACGGGAAAGUGGCAGGAGUUGGAGUAUCCCAGUCCUGCGUACCCUGCCUUCGCGUGCGGGUCAGGGUAUGUGAUCUCCAGGGACAUCGUCGACUGGCUGGCAAGCAACUCGGAAAGAUUAAAGACCUAUCAGGGUGAAGACGUAAGCAUGGGCAUUUGGAUGGCAGCCAUAGGACCUAAAAGAUACCAGGACAGCCUGUGGCUGUGUGAGAAGACUUGCGAGACGGGAAUGUUGUCUUCCCCUCAGUAUUCUCCACCGGAACUGACGGAACUGUGGGGACUGAAGGAGCUGUGCGGCGAUCCUUGUCAGUGUGAGGCGAGAUGACCGGGAUCUGGAGUGGCAGUGUUUAAAAUCAGGGACAACAGAAGGUCUGACACAGGAACUUUGAGAAGACGUGACAGCAGUCCCUUCACCUUUUGAAUUGUCAUGGAGUCUGUCAAAGAAAAGAAAAACCCAUCAGUUCUCCCAAAUGACUGAUCUGUAAAACUGGGUCCCAUGAAUUGCAGUGGUAGCUACAUCGGAUUUCACAGUGUCGAUUUAUCCAAAUACGGAAUUAGGGAAAAACUGGAGUGAUUUGGGGAACUGCGGGAAAUGGAGCCAGUGUUCAACCUAAGUGCCCUUUGACAGUGAAUUUCAUGCCAUUUCAGUAGCGUGUUUCUUCUUAAAUCAGAAAUGAUAUUCUUAGCACAGAAGCAUAAACGGGAAUGAAUCAUUAAGUUUUCCUUUUAAACCUGUGAUUACUCUCCUAGGAAUUAAUGUGAGAACACUGGAGUGGGGCUCAGGUGCCCUGAGGACGUCUCUCACCCUCUGGCCUUAGUUUCCCCCUCUGUAAAGCGAGGGUGUAGACUGAUCUGUAAGGUCCUUUCCAGUGCUACUGUUCUGUAACUAUAACAGCUUAAUUAUUAUGAUGUGUGGUUGUGUUCAACACACAGACAAGUGACCACCAGGCACAGGAAUGUAACUUAAAGAGUAAAUGCUUUGGUUUGUUCAGAAAACACUAUGAACUUCUUUCCAAAGAUGGGGUGUGGUAAAUAGUGGAUAUUUUGAUGAUGAAAAAAAAGUUUCUUUGAAGCUUUAGCUGGAGGUACAGCAAUAGUGUAGUGUUCCUACAAAUAUCACAAUGUAUUCAAACAAAUA